ACAGAAGAGCCACACCUCAGUUUGUACCAUAAAUGCUGCAAACAGAAACUAAACUGCACAAGUGUUGCACUCCACGUGCGGAGAGCGUCGCGAUGGAGGCAAUAUUCAACUUGCUCCAGCAGCACAGACUGGAGUCUUACUACGCAAAGUUUCUUCAGCUGGGAGUGAAGGAUGAGAGAGAUUUCCUCGACGGAGUAACAGAUGAGGACUUGAAAAACCUCGGGUUAACACAGGUGGAAAAAAAUCGGUUUUCUGGUAUGAGAAACACCAUUCGCAGACUCAGAGCUCCAGCACACCGAGCUGAAACGUCUGUGAAGAAGUCAAUGGAGGCGUUCAGUCUGCAGUACACGUACCCCAAAAGUCCCGGACCAAAAUGUAUCAACGAUUUGGAUCCAGCACAGAACACAGUUGAGGAUCUGAUGCUGAGGAUCUGUCACAGUGAACGCAUUGGUCCGUCCAGAGGUGUUUGUCUGUACGCAGCCGAUGGGAUGCCUUUGUCUGAUGAUCCGUUCUUCAACACGUGGUCUUUGAAAGACAGACAUAUUAAAAGUGGGGAUGUAAUCUACGCCAUCUUUACGCCAAAGGAAAAUCUGAUUCAAGCUCCUCCAACGUUGAGCAUGGAGAUGGCUGAAACAAGCGGAACAGAUGCGGUUCGAUGCCACAUCAUGCUGAAGGGAGACUUUGAGGUGACGGUGGAUUUGGAACGUGACACAGUUGUGAAUCUGAAGAACAAGCUGGCGAUCGAGAGUGGAAUCCCUGGACGUGUUCUUCGCUACAGGGGCGACCAUGGCGGCGGCAACACUUUGGCGAGUUGUGGAAUCUCAGAUGGGUCGACGGUUAACUUCUCACUGUCAUCCUUUCCUGAGGAGGCUCCAGACCACCAAGAGUUCUUCACUGAUGACAUCAAGCCCUCAGUGCUUCAAACCACCAAAGGAAUCAGUGUCUUCUUGUCCUCACUUCAGAUCGUUAAAAACACGACUUCAGGAGUUGGAUGCAAGAAUUUGAUUGGCUACAUGCGAAAACUGACUGGAUGUCACCCUCUGGCCCAAAGUUUGCAUCAGUUACUCUGGAAGAACGAGAUCCUGUCCAGGAACCAGAAGAUCGCAGUAUAUGAAGGCCUGUACCUGCUCUUUAGACAGCUUUUGCCACAGCUCGGAUCAAAACGAGGCGACAAGAUCAUCGAGGACGAUGAGGUGUUUGAGUAUUCAACAUACUGCUGGGCGUAUCUCAUGUCAGAGGCAAAGAACGAGACGUCAGAACAUGAGAACUACGCACCGUUUUGUCUGACGUCUGAGGAAGGCAGCCGCUUCUGUGAUCCAGUCAAUGUACCUGGAGUGCCAGGUGUCUUUGAAAGAGCAGUUGUACUUCAGAAAAUCAAAGAUGGUGAGAAGAUUCCAAACUGCACUGAAGAAGUUUUGCAAGAGACGUCACUCACCAGAGCCGCUGACAUCGAAAAGAUUUUGCUCAGCAUUCAUCCGUCAAUUAAAACAUAUCACCUUUGGAUUUCUGUUGACAGCGUGACUGGCCAGAACUUUUGCAUAAAUACAGAGAAGACCUUGGGAGACAUGGCGAAACAAACCGACGCUUACCCCGCCCUCAGAGUGACUCCACCACUGCUGCUGAAGGACCUCGGAUUGGAUGACUUACGCCUUGUUUACCUGAGCGAAGACAAUCUUGGUGUCUACACGACGAAAGAUAAGUUAUGCCCUGCAAAGAUCAAGGUGUAUGAUUGUCUGGCUGGCAAAAUCAAAACUAUAGAUGUGGACAUGUUGGCAGCCAGAACUGGUGACCACAGGGAUGACGAUUCAUUUGUCACAACCAGGACUCCCAAAGAAGCUAUAAUGGUGCUGAUAGAUACAAGCUCAUCCAUGGCGGAGAAGUGCUACGGAAAUGUGGAAAUACAGAAAAUCCAUGCUGUUAAAGAGCUUUUUGACAACUUUGCCAACCGGACUAUGGCUUAUGAUUUUCAUCAUGUCAUCGGCCUUGUGAAGUUUGACUCCACAGUGGAAACUCUCCACACGUUCACAGAAACACUCGAAAAGUUCAAGGAACAUGUGCACACUCUUAAGGCAAGUGGAAGAACCAAGCUGUAUGAUGCCUUACAGCAUGGAAUGCUUGAGUUGGAAAAAGUCAAAAAGUUUCCUGACUGUAAACGUCGCAUUCUCUGUCUCACAGAUGGAAAUGAUGUUGGAUCUUCAAACAAGCCAGAAGUUGUCACUGCCAACCUGAUAAAAUCAAACAUCAUCGUGGAUUCGGUUAUUCUUGGAAAUGCAGAGAUCAGUCCUCGCCAGGGCAAUACUUCUCAUAUUCUGCAUGGAAUCAGCCUCGCAACAGGGGGCUGCUGUUUCAAACCAGAGACAAGCAAAGAUGGUCUGAAGCUGUUUGAGAACGAGACUGUUCUCUCUUUAGAGAUGAGGAAACCCAGGAACAAGUCUGACCCAGCGUCCAUCACUCCGAGUUAUCUAAGACAGCUCUCUGCUCCUCAUGAGUAUGAUGCCCUUCCAGAGGCCAUCUUGCCGAGCCAGAUGAACGCUAAAGUGACGGUGACAGAGAGUGCUCUGAAAAAGAAGAUCCAGGAUGGCAAAGUUGGGCGGUUAAUGGAGAAGGACAAACGAAUCCUGGAGGAGCUGAGGAGUCUGCAUUGUAGUCCACAUCCCUACUUCAGUAUCUUUCCAUCAGAGUCUGACUUCACGUUCUGGAAGAUUCUGAUGGAAGGACCUCCCGACACGCCUUACGAGAAAGGAGUCUUUGAGUUGUUCUGCCAGUUCGGUCCCGACUACCCGGUGAAGCCUCCUCUUGUUCGCUUUGUCACACCUGUGUACCACUGUAAUAUUAACAGUGUGGGACGCAUCUGCCACAACAUCUUUGACCGGAACUACAACGCCCAGAUCACCAUGAGAGAGAUCCUCAAUGCUGUUUAUGGACUGCUCAUCAUCCCUGAGCCUGAAGAUCCACUGGACAGCAUUCUGGCUGAGGAAUUCCUGUCCAGCCGCGAGACGUAUGAACAGGAGGCCAAAAAACACACAGAGAAAAGUGCAGCACAGUCCCGGGACGAUAUGGAGAAGGCUCUGGUGGAUUCUGGGAAACAGUUUGUACCCACACAUCUGAUCUGUCCGCUCACCAACAAGAUGUUCGUCGAUCCGGUGGAAACAAAGUACGGCAGAGUGUACGAACGAAAGGCCGUUGAGAAACACCUCAAACUAAACAAACGUGAUCCAAAGGGCGGCCCGGACGAGCUGCUCUGCGAAGCUGAUCUUAAACCAGCCAAUGAAAUGAAGAAAAUGGUGAUGGAUUACCGUUCAAAACAAAUUCAAGACAAGUGAAAAAGAGGAGUCCCUCUCUACAGCCAGUGUUUGGUUUGUCCAUUCCGGGCUACUGUAGAAACAUGUGCAACAUGGCGGACUCCGUGGGAGAAGACCCACUGCCUCUGGAGAUACAAAAGGCUCAUUCUUAAGCCAUGAAAACACAAUGAUUCUGAGUUUCAGGUGACCAUAAAUCCUGCACACGUUGGUUAUAACUCACAGGACUUUAACUGUCCAAUCACAUUCUUUCUUUCAUUUAAAUGGACGACAUGGAGCACCGACUGGCAAAGUGGACUAAACUUGAAGGUUCAAGUCCACUUUCCAAAAAUACCAAAUGAGCCACAACAUUUCAGAAGUGAAAAAAAGUUGUUUUAAUCACAAAUCAGCAAUGAAACGUUUUCUGAUGCAGUCAGAAAACAUCAGUAAACAGCAAUCAACAGAAAAAGUAAUAAACAAGUUUGUAUUUUUAUGGCAGAAAUAAAGAGCUGAGUUACGCUAAA